AUGAGUCUGGCCAAGAUUAAGAAUAAAGAGGCCAAAGGAAAGCAAAAGGUGUUACCAAAAUUAAAGACUAUUUUAGCAAAUCCACUCAAGAAAAGAAGUCCAACCUUAAGCGAAGAUGAACUUGCCAUUCUACAAUCAAUAUUGCAAACAUCAAUUUCAAAUAGUGGAUUGGAUGGCAAAAAAUAUGUUACUGCUAAACACAUACACCUGGGACUGGAAAGUGGUCUACGGGCCAUAAAUAAUCAACAAAGUUCAUGUGUUUUCAUAUCGUUGAGUAUCAAGCCCAGUCAUAUAGCAUCAUUGGUAGCCCGCAAUGCUGAAAUUAAAGAUGAAAUUCAGCCGGUAUAUGCCCAACCACGUUUGGAAGAUUUCACAGAGAAAUUAUUUGGUAUUCGAACGUUGUGUAUGGUUUUACCCAAAACGCUUGAGGAAAUAAGCUGCGAUUUAUGCAAAUGGGUUGAGCAGAGAAGGAAGCCGAAAAAUGUGAAGGAAGAAAUUGUGUCACUCAAAAAAAUCAAGAAGAAGCUGAAUAAAAUAAAAACAGAUAGCAAACCUGAUGUUACAGAAGAAUCGAAAAAUGAAACAGAAACUCCAAGCGGAAAAGAUAAAGAAUCUUGGAAGGGUGAUUACAUAUCAUUCGGUAAAGGAAGUAUCGUUAAUAAAGAUUCAAAUUUACAAGAUGAAAAUGCUGCCAUUGAUACGCUAUCACGAAUAAUGGAUAAUAUACCAAAAGUCCAAGUGAAAACUGUCGAUGAAGUGAAGCCAAUGGAUAUAGUGAUCGAUGAAGAUUCAGAUUUAAAGGAAUCUAAAGUAGUUGACAAUGCAGAAUCUGAUGACUCUGUUGACUUCUUAGGCGAAUACAAAUCCCUUGUUGUACAUAAAAUUAAACCAAAUCCAAACAAAAAACCUAAAAAGAAAAGAAAUAAGAAUAAGUUGAAAAAUAAAGAUAAUAAAAAAUAAAAA